UUUCUGAAGUUUAAGCCGAGUAAGGGGGUAGGUGACAUCAGUCUGGGCAAGGUGAUGACGGAAGAAAAGUGGGAGCAGCGAUGUGUGUUUGGUCGCAAGGGAAGCGGUCCAGGAGAGUUUGAUGGGGCUUGGGGUAUUGCUGCUCGUCAGCCUGAUGAGGUUGCAGUGGCUGAAAUCUGGAACAAACGAGUUGUGAACUGCAGCAUCGAUGGUAACCAGAAAAGCACAAUCCCGAUGGAAGAAAGGCCACUUGGCAUUGCAGCUACACGCACCGGCAAUCGCUCAGCAGUUAUUGAGGAGAACGAAUCCCACGUGAAAGUCUUUGACAAGGACAAUACGCUGGCUUUCCAGUUCCCCACAGUGCCACCGAGUGAGGUCGGUAAGACCGCAGUGGACCUCUGGAGUGUAGCAGCCAAGACGGAUGGGACCAUUGUGGUUGGUGAUAUCAAGAGAAUGGUGCUGACUGAACACAGCCCCACUGAUGGCAAACUCAGAAGCACCAUCCCAGUCAAGAUUGAACCUUGUUAUGUGGCUGUUGACAGCAAUGAUCGAGUUGUAAUCAGUGACUGUGAACAGUUAGUCGGGGUUGUUGAUGGGAAUGGUGAUACACUGUUCACCAUCAAACCUAUCAUCGAUGGUGAGGUAGUUAGAUACUGUACUGGUGUAUGCGCAGAAAGCACAGGCAUCUAUGUUGCAAUGCAUAAUGAUGAUGAGGACACCGGUCAUAUCCACCACUAUGACCCUCAAGGUGGCUUUCUCCACUGCAUCGCAGAGGGUCUGCACUGGCCCAGGGGAAUCACAUUCACAGCAGAUGGGCAACUGGCAGUUGCAGACUGGUACUCAGUGAAGAUUUGUGACUUUGUUUAAUGUAACACAAACAAAUCGAUUUCCUUCCGCUUUCUUCAGGAGGAAACAGCAGUAGCAUUAGUCGGAAAUGUUGCCGUGUGUACAACAUUGCAUUCAAUUUCAUGAAUCAUUUUUUUAAUAGAAAAUUAUAUCCACAGAGGUUUGCGAGGGCUGAAAUGGAAAGCAAACUACAUUAAAAUAUCACUGAGACGGGAUUCAAAAGUAUGGGAGCUAUAUAAAGUGCUUAUCAUUUAAACAAAUUUGCCUUUGUUAGUUUUCCGUUGUUAACUAUAUUUCCUCUCGACAUAUGAAUUGUUUUCAUAGAUCCAUUUAACAGUAGUAAAUGUAUCCCAAUAUUGGUGAGUUAUGCCUACCGUGAGCGCUCACAGGAGAUAGGGGAAGUUGUUAGCUCGUCUCAUCAAAAGAAUCAGACUCAUUUUAAUGCAAACAUCUUGCAGGGGAUUAUCAGAUUGAGGAGAGUAUAAAAACUGAAAAAUAAUAUGUGAAGUCAAAUUGUUCUCAUUGAGAUUUACAUAAAAUUUUAAUGUUCUCAAAAGCUUACUUUGUGCGAAUAGUGGGAUAGCGAAGGUCUCAUCAUUGAAAUGGUGAAGUACAUUUGUAAAAGU